AUGACUGUUAAGGAAAAGCUACUACAAGAGCAAAAGACCCCUGGAGAAGUUUACCAGUCCACCCUCAUACCUGUGGUCACUCCAGUCAUGGAGAUUUACUAUGGCCCCGCAGACUCGCCUCCACCUGUCCGCACCUCCUGCCCUCCACAAAGAGAGAGUUUCCACAGGAGCAGACCCUCUUGUGCCCACCAGCCCACCUCUGCCUGGUUUCUGAUCAUCAACCCCUUCUGCAGACAUCAACAGCACUUCCUUGCUCAAACGGCUAAUACUAGUGUUCGCAGCUGA